UGCUGACACGGGGACAUGAAGCAACACGUCAGAGGAGCGGACCCCUUCUUUGGGGUCACUCGGUUCCUGCCAUCUCACCGUCCCCAAAAGCCUCUUCCCCUUUCUCUGGGAAAGAAGAAACCGCCGGGCUCCGCUCGCCUCUGCCUCUCGCUCUCCCCCUGCUUCUCACUUUCACUCCCGCUGGUUUCACCUUCCCUCUGCCAGGAGGAAAAGCCUGCCGAGCUUAUCCAGCCCAGCAGCAGGGCUGGUCCUGGUUCCACCCACCGGGACUUUCCUGGCUUCCUUCUGCAGGAGCGGGGGGAGGCAGGAGCGGUCGGAGGCAGGAGCCGGCCGGAGCGAGCGCGGCGCUCCCGCUGCUCCUGCCGGGCUCGGUUUCUACUGGCAGCGCCACAAGAGGUUUGGCCGUGCCCGGCUGUCCCGCAGGACGCUGCUGCCAUGGAGAGCGCGGUGGAGAUCGGAGCGGAGCCCGCGGCUCCCGGCGGCGCCCAAAGCUCCGGGAUGCAGCUCCGCAGGGAUCUGAGGAGGAUGCGCUGGGCUCUGCUGCUGUGUCUGCUGGCCGUGCUGCUGCUGCUGCUGCCCACAGCCUACCUGCUGCUCGGGAACCUGCGAGCGCCCGGCUCCUGCGGCAGCCAGGUCACAGAGGACGGGGGCUCUCGCUUUCUGAAGCAACGAGCAGUAGCUGCUGUUACGAACACGCUCUCCAGUGCAGAGAAGCCACGAGCUCACCUGACAGUGAAGAAGCAGGACCUGGCCAGCGCCGUGGGGAGCCACAUGCCCAUCCUGCAGUGGGAAGACAAGCGAGGCCUGGCCUUCACCAAGAACAACCUGAGUUACUCCAGCAACGCUCUGGUGAUUCCUGUGUCUGGGGACUACUACGUGUACGCCCAGGUCACCUUCCGAGGGCCCGUGGAGAGCAGCCACAAGCCCAGCUCUGUCACUGAGAUCAUCACCAAGGUCACUGACAGCUACCCCGAGCCCACCCAGCUGCUGAUGGGCACCAAGACCCUCAGUGAGAACAGCAAUGGUUGGUUCCAGCCCAUUUAUCUGGGCGCUGUUGUCUCCUUGGAGGUGGGAGACAAGCUGAUGGUCAACGUGAGUGACAUCAAGCUGGUGGAUUACACCAAGGAGCACAAAACUUUCUUUGGGGCCUUUCUGCUGUAGGACUCUGGCAGCAGCUGGUGGGGGAUCCCUCCAGGGCCAGCGGGGGGACCUCGUUGGCUUUGUGGGCGCGUGUUGGGGUGAGAUCUCUGCUGUUUUUCUUCUUCUUCUUCUUCUUCUCCUCCUCCUCCUUCUGUGCCAUCACUCCCCUGCAGCUCACCAGAGCCUUAAUUUAAUGGGUAGGGAAAGGUGGAGCUGCAGGUUGAAGUGAAAUAAGCCCUCAAGAAAACCAACAAAAAUCAACCAAAACUAACUCAAAACCCAUCCCCAGAAAAAAAAAAAAAACAAAAAAAAAUCAAAAAUAAAAACCCCAAAACAACAAAACUAACAAACAAACAAAACCAAAACCAAAACCAACCAAAAAAAAAAAAAACAAAACCCACAGCCAAAAAACCCCAAACCAAACAGAGAAAAGCCAAAACAGAAAAAUGAAAGUCAUAUUGGAGGGGGUGAAAAAAAUGUAUUUUUGAAAGGAAAAGUUUAGAGUUCUUCGAAAUUUGGUAAACUAAGGAGGAACAGUUGAUAUCUGUAGGUAGGAAUUUUCAUCUUGAAUAUUGAGCUAGGCUAUGUCAGUAAUUCCACCUUCAAUCUACAAUUUCCUCAACUUAAAAAGAAGAAAAAAAGGGUUUUUGAGCUUUCUCCAGCACUUCCAGUAUAGUUUUGCAUGACCCUUCUUCAGAUUCUCAUUUCUAAAAGGUAAUAACUUCUCACAAUUCCUUAUGAAUAGAUUUACUCAGUACUUUGCACUAACAUAAAGCUCAGGUUAAUUAUUAACUGCUUAAUUAAUCCCUUCCAACUUCCCUGUAAAGUAGAUUAAAAUUAUAUCUUGUGCUUUGCAGAAGCUACUUGAGAUUUUUGGUUUUUCCAAAAAAAAUGUUUGCAGUUCUCCAAGUCCAUAUACAGCCUCAAAAUGUUCUGGAAAAGAUCUAGGGAACACACAAAACACUUUCUGUUUCAGCAGGAAAGUGGAAUGUCCCUUCCAGAUCCUUACUUUAGGAUAACAGAAAAAAAAAAAAAACAAACAAGGUAGAGACACAGAGCAGAAUUUUGCACACUUUUAAAUCAGCCACCGAAAUUUUGGGAGAAAACCUCUGUGAUGUUUUGCUUUCCAUUAGAAUUAAUGCAAAACUAAUGCAACUAAAGAAAUCACAUCUUGGGCUCCACGCACUGCUGACGGUGGCCCCUGGCCCCAGGGGACUCCCCAGCCUUGCCCUGGGUGAAGGUUGGCCACCAGUUGUCCCCACACGAGGUGAAAAGAUCCAAAGACACGACCCUGGUGGAGCUCAGGGGUGUUGAACUUCCCGCCUUGCACAUAUUCAUUUCCACAGAUCUUUCUGUCUCUCAGGGAGAUUCCCAUUUCUCCCUCCCCUCCUGCAGCAAACACAUCUCCAGCAGUGGCUCAGGAUCCUCAUGGGUCUGGAUUCACACCCUGAACAGGUCUCACAGCCAAGCACCCACUCCCAACCAGCAGGCUCCCCUCUCUACAGCUCUUCCCCGCCUCACCUCCUUGGAUUUCCUCCAUUUUUCCACUUCUUGCCCAGAAAAGCAAGGCUUUGUUGCCUGAGCUGGUGUUCCCACUCCAAGCCCAGCCAUCAGUGCUGGAGAGAUGCUGAGGUGGGGAAUUGCAGCCCUGGGGGUGAGGGGCUGUAUCUGGAGAGCUGAACCUGGCAUUUGUCGUGGAGCCAACCCCAGGUGUGAUCCUGCAGCUUUGCCCAUGGCAAAGCCCUUCCCACCAGGAGAUCUCUUGUGGCUCUGGGAGGAUCCAUUUGGGCUGACAAGAAGUCAGUGGAGCAGCUGGAGCAGAGGCCAAAGGAGAUUGGGAAGGGAGGAGAGGAGCAGAGCAGGAGGAAGGAAGGUCCAGGCAGCACCCAGAUCUCUGUGGCUUCGUGUCUUGGUGUAAGGACCUCCCUGCUGGCAUGAAAACUGGCAGGUCUUUUGUGGUAAAUCAUCUCAAAAUGGAGACUUUUUGCCCCUUCCUCCCUAUCCUGCAUCUCCUGGAUUCCACAGUCUCAGUCCUUCCCUGUUUUAGGCACAUCACCACAGCCAGGACUUUGCCACCCUGCCCUGCCCUCUUUUCCUCUGUGGGUGUCUUCUCACUUCCAGAUUUUCCUUGACUCUCAUCAAUGAGUGUUGGCCCCUGGCACAACUCUGCCUGUCUGGGGAUCUUGACGAAUUCCCUGCAUCAAAACCUCAUCCCAGUUUGGCUUCCCAUCCUUUCUUUGACUCAUCCUCCGCCUUCCCCACAUCUCAGCUGUCCUCUUGAUCCCUUCCUGCCUCCCUGGCCCUGUCCAUUAGGUGCAAGGACACUUCUUUAUCCAAAUGCCACGUUUUACACUCAAUUUCUCCGGAGCACAAAGAAAACUGACACCUCAAAAUAGGUUUGGAUUGGAGAAACUGGAUUUAAUUAUCCUGCAGGCAGAUGGAAACACUCUGAGUCAAGGGAUCCUCUUAUGUCUUUGUGAUUCAGAUCACUUCCAUCUUUGAGUCAUUAUUCCUAUUUUAUCUCCACCUGCUCAGUCUGUUUUUUUAAGCUGUUUGGAGCAGUUAUUCCCCAAUUAUCCAUUCAAUGUUUAGCACACACGACCUCAGCCUUGUUCUGGUGAUCCAGCUCCUUUCCAGGGCUCCUCUUCCUGCUCAGAGAUCCUCCCCCAAUCCCUCACUCUUGGCACUUCUAGACAAAAUUAUUCCCUGUGAAACCCUGAGCCUUUCCAUGUCUCAGAUUUUGGGAAGUGUACCCCCAGCACAUCACCUGGAGUCUUUAAUCACUUGGCUGUGUGCCCAAAACGGGAUCUGAACUCAUGAAAACACAAAAUCUGCAGCUUUUGGAAUAUGUAGAGGGCUUUAGGUGACAGCACAUGAAACAACGUGGUCAGUCUCAUAAAGGAAGAUUUGAAAUCAUCUUUCCAAGCUGAUUUUCCAGUAAUUAGGCAGGAGAGCUUCUGCAAAGGGCAAAAUUGGGUGAAUUUGAGUUGAUCCUCAGAGGAAAUUGGAUGGGAAAUUCUCUCUGUUCUGGGAUAAUUACAGUAAUUCAGCUUCUCUUUUCUGUGAAUGCACUGAUCAUUCUGAGGGCACAAGGCAAUCCUGGCGGGCUGGGACAGCAGAUUUCCAGGGAAACUCUAUCCCAAGGCACCAUCACUCAGUCCUGGUGUGCUGAACCAUGGGAACUGUGAGGGCUGGGGGAGCAGAGUGGGGAAUGCAACAUUUGGCAUUCCAAGAGCCUUCUGUGGGAUACACACACACAGAUAUAUCAAUUAUUUUUACUUGUUGGCUAUUCCAGAGAAAUUCCAGGAACCCACUGGCAAUAAUGAGCCUUUUCUAGCACAUCAUUUGUGUCCACUGCACACUAAAGAUGAAUUUCACCAGCAAAACAUUUCCUGCUGCAGCUGCCUUCCAGGUGUGAUUCUCCUGAUCCAUAAUCCAUAGAAAUAUUUAUUUUAUUCCAGUUAGAGCUCUUGCACCCCAUUACCCACACCAGCUUCAAGCAAAUUUAGCACACAUUUUAUAGGAAAUCAAAGAAUAUAUGUGGCAUUACUUGUUUUAAAGUGGUGCUGGCAUAUUUAUCCCCACAUGUAUCCUCAUGGAAAUUCUCUUUAUUCCUUUUUUUCCCCUUUUUCAGUGCUAAUAGUGUUACUGUAACAGUAACCAGCACUUAAAAUAAGUGUUCAGAGGCUGAUUCUGGCCCUGUUUUAUAUUAGAUAUUCCUCCACAGAAGUCAAAGGAAUGAACUCAGAGUAAAGCCACUUCAGUGAGACUAAAGUCAAGCUUAAAGGGAAAUAUCUCCAACAGACUGAACCUAAACUGUGGAUUCUCAGAUUAUUUUUUUUUUAAAAAAAAAAAGUUAAAUAAGGACGUGAGUGUUCUCAGAAAUUUGUGUUUGGUGAGAUAGGAAAUGUAAAACAUUUCUGGAGAUGUGAAAAUGCCCAGGCAUCAGCAUUUUCAAUUGAAUGAGAAGCUGAUGAGAUCUGGUCAUGGGAAGCAGAGAUCUUAAAGUCUAUGGUCAAGCUGAACAUGUGCUUUGUUUUGGGGGCUGUGAAAUUAAAAUCAUUAUCAUUAAAAAAAAUAAUGGAAUCUGGAGAAAAAAGGGUGAAAUAGGCAGUUUGGGCUAAAUAAUGAUUUCAGGCUUUGACCCUUCCAUUUCUUAGGAAAAAGUACCCAAAAGCACUUUUAGAACAAAACUAUUGAAAGAAGAAUCAAAUUAUUAUUAUUUUUUAACAACUGCUCAAAAUAUUCUAGAUCUUAGGAGUUGUCUUCUUCCCUAAUCUCUUUCAUCCCUCAAAAAACUAACACUAAACACAACUCAAAUUCAUCAAAGAGUUCAUUACCUACCACUUCCUUUCCCCUUAAAAACUGAAUAUUGGUAAAUAAGCAUUAACUUUCUCUCCAUGUAUGUGCAGAAGUAAAUUCUGUACAUUUUAAUCAAGGUAUAAAGAAAACAGCUCCAACCCUGCCAACAUUUAUUUGUGCUGGAAGCAGCCCAGAGCACGUGGCUGAAGGGGAUCAUGGUAAAAUCCAGCUCCUCUUUGGUGGAUGGGAGGAGUAAAAUCCACAUGACUCAAAUUGAAAGUGGAUAGAAUGUUUUAAUUUAAUUUAAUUUAAUCAUCCUCAGCUCCAUCAUGGUUUGGAGUGGUGGCAGGGACUUUCCAGCACAGGGGUGUUGGCAGGAUCGGUGUCCAAAGGUGUCAAACAUCACCCAAAAAGAUUCUGCUGAGAUGAUUUUGGAUGGGACAGGGCAGGGGAUGUGAUGAGCAAACCUCUCUACAAAGGGGGUCCCCAACCCAGCCCAACAGAUUUAGGAAUUCGCUUAAAAAUCUCAACACAACAUUCCAGAAUUGUGAAGGAAUCUUGUUUUUUCACCCCUCUAUGGCACAACUGACCACCCUGUCCUUUGUUUUAUUUAUCUUGUGAGUGGCCCAUCAUUUCAGUUGAGAAAUGAGGAGAGAAUUCGUUCUUUAGAAGAAUCAGAAAAUGUUGAGGAUCUUUGCCCCGAUGUGGGUGCUACACACCAGUAAUAGCAUUUUGCUAUUGUAAGGGAUUUUCUAGAAGGGAUUGUCUUUUGUCUUGUGCCUCAGCACUGAGAUGUACCUUUACCACAAGAACUGACUUAGCUUCUUUAUAUUUUCCAAUUUUUUAUGAUAAUAAAAAUGCAACUUAACGAAUGUGACCACUUUUGAUCCCAGUCCCCUUCCCAAAACACUAAUCACCAUUAAGAGUGACCAGUUAACGCAGCCAGGCAGAGCUGAUGGAUAACAAACCCGUUUGGUUGUGUGUAAUCAUUAAUUUAUGCAAUUAGAGGUCCCUCAGCAGAGUGAAAUCGGGUCCAGACUUUCCCCUGGGAAUUUAGAGACGCUUGAACUUCAUAAGGCAAAAAACCAUACACAAAAUUUGGGGAAUUCUGUGUUCCCAACUCAGCUCCUGGCUGACAGGCACAACCCAACCAGGGAAUUUUGGACAAAUGAGAUUUUGGCCAAAUUUUGGGCAAAGUGAAGGCAGCAGAGCCUUGGGCACCCCAACCCUGUUCCAGCUCCAGCUUUGCUGUCCUUACCCAUCCAGCAGAACAGCAGCAUCCCCUGGAUAUUUAUUCCUCAUCCUGGCUGCUGUUAGCUUCAACUCCUCUGCUGCCAAAAAAACAAAUUCCUUUCUUUCCACCAACAGAACUGGGAGACAUUCUCCCAUUUUAUUCCCAUUUUAUUCCCAUAUUAUUCCUUAUUCUCAAAAUCUGUUUUGUUUUCCUGGCUUGAACUCAGAGUAUCACAUUUAAAUUGCUUCAGAAGAGGUUUCUGGGGAAGGGCUCUUCAGGUUUCUUCCUGAAACCUCCAGGAAGGUUUUCACUGGAAUACUCUGAUAGAGGAAAUUUGUUUCCCCCGUUUUCCACCCACUUGCAAAUCCCUGAGAGGUUUUGUUAAAAGCCUCUGUAGCUCAGCCAGGAGUUGAUUAGACAGUGGGAAUCAGGCUGCUUUCCCCUGUGACACCAAAAAAAAAUAUGUUAUUUGCUGUUAUGUUGCUCUCUGUUCUUUUUAAUCCAAUAUCUACCUCACAUUUAGCAAAAGCAAAGCACAGUUUUAUUAUUAUUAUUAUUAUUAUUGCUAUUAUUUUCUGUUUUAACUUGAGCAGGGCAGAAUUCCAUUUCACUGCCAUUUUACUCCAUGCUUUGCAUAUUCAGGGUAAUAACUUGAGAUUCUUUGUGGUCUAAACACGCCGAGUGUGAGCAUCGUGCUGCGGUUUGGCUUCUUUUAAUCAUAUAAAAAGUGUCUGCUCUCAAUAAAUCCAGGCCUCUCUCGAGAGUGGAGGAGGAGAGAGGCACAUCCCUGGAAAGCAGCACGUCCUAGGGAAGGGGGGAAUACCAGAGGUGCUUCUCUCCCAGGCUGGAGAGGGAUUUUUGUGCUGGU